AUGUCAGCGCAAAAGCACAUCGCGCUGGCCAAGGCCUUGCCGGAGCAACUACAGCGCUUCUUCGCUCGCUGGCCACCCGCCUCUAUUGCUCCCGCCGGCGCUCCCAAGACUGGCUUCCAAGAGCUCACGCCGAAUCCGUUCGCCGCCCACAAGCACCCCGAUACCGGCAAGUGGCAUGACCCUGUCUACUCGUUGCGUCGACAAGCCGAGCUCGUCAAGCUCGCACGCCAAAAUGGCGUCGAGGAGCUUCUGCCACCAACGGUCAAGGGUACGGAGGCUCGCAUCGCCAAGCGUGUCGAGUUUGGUCUGAGGGUCAAGGGUACGGGUGUGGGACAAAAGGUCAAGGGAAAGAUUCACGAGAGAAUGGUCAUGCCCAGGAUGGAGAAGAGGAGAGAGGCUAUGUUGGCGAUGCCCAAGCUUAUCAAGGAAUGGAAGAAGGUUGGAAAGAGAAACUGGAAGAGGUUCCCCAAAUAA